AGUACGUGGGUGUUGGUCUUUGCAAUUUAUUCAUUUGAGUUCUAAAAUAAAUCAUUGAAAGUAAAACGUUCAGAGACAACGUAAAUCGCGCUUUUAUUAAGAAUAAUGUUUAUUUUAAUAUUAUUUCUCAUUGGUGCAAUUAACGGAAAAUAUGUCGUAAUAAAUAGUAAGGAUGACUCGGUCGUUUUCGGAUACAGAGAAGGAAUUGAAGGGGAAAGUGGACUGCAUGAAUGCGAUUCUAAUGAAGCAUGUAAUAUCGUUCACAAUCGUUUUUGGAUGCCCGUAUUAACCGAGAGAUUAUGCCGUUGUCCGGGUGGACAUGAAUGCCCCUGGAAUUGGAUCGAAAAAUCUGGGAAUUCGUCAAUGAAAGUCAAUAACAGAUCAAUGAUUCAGUUUUGCAAGCCGUUGGAAAACAUGAAAACUUGUACGGAUAAAGAGCAAGCUAUUACUGUAUUUGGAAAAGGUAAUUCAAGUAAUGCGUUUCUGCAUCCUUAUACUGUAAAAGCCAAUUGCAAAUGUCCAAAAUUUCAUUUUUGGAAAUUGCAAAAAUACGUAUAUGAAGGUGAUAAAGUUCGUCAAGUCUACAAAUGUUCAAAGCAAUGGAUGUGUGACAGUCAAGAUUUUUGUGGUCACGUAAGAGUCGACCUAUUUUCUGUCUACUACCGAUGUACUUGUCCCGAAAAUCACUGGUGUGUUUUUAAAAACAAAAAAACGGAAAACGUGCAAGAACUCGGUUAUUCAGGAGCAGCAUAUAAAGCAUACUGCAUACCAAAAAAUCGUGCUUAAUCAUUUAUAUGCGGCUUUUUUGUUUUUAAUUUAGUCAUGGAAUUUUGAAAACAUUUUGAAAAACUUGAAAAAGUCACUGAAUUUUUUUUUAAAUAACUGA